AUGCUCUCUGCCAUCUCCCUCGUCCCCUCCGCCCUCCUCGCCCUCCUCCUCUACGCUGUCUACAAGCUCACCAUCCUCCUUCCAUCGGCGGCCCCUUUCACCUCUCUCCCGGUCCAUCGCCCCUUAUCUGCCCCAGUCACGGGGGCCACAAAUAAAGACACCCUCCUCCCCCCGCCCCCCUUGAAAGGUCAAUGGAUCGUCGUUGCUGAACCUCCAUGGACGUUCAGCCUGUCGACGUCUGCCCUGAACCCCGUCCCCUCUCUCGUCCUCUCCUUUCUCAAUUUCCGGAACUCGCAGCGUCUCAAGAAGCUAUAUGACCUUUCUAUUGCUUUAGGUCUGGUGGGGAUGGUCGCAGGGAUAGCCGGCGCGGGCUAUGCCGGAUGGGCUGUAUGGACUGAAGUUUGGGCAGAAUUUGAAGGGCAUGUGGGUGUGGCUGUAGGAGGAGCCGUUGUAGAGGGCGUAGAGAUGGCAAAGAGGAGUGUGGAUCUGAUACUUCCUUCUGGAGAGACUCAGACAGGUUCUGGAGGUGGACUUCAGCCCCUAAUACCUGGAAUCACCAUGCCCUUGUCCCACCUACCUGCAUUCUUGCUCGCUUUGGUGUUCAACCAGCUGGUGCACGAGCUGGGACAUGCUCUGAGCGCGGCUUUGGACGAUGUCCAACCAUCAAAGUUGAGCCUCACUCUCAGCUACUUUGUCCCUAGCAUGGCUGUGGAAUUUGGGUCUUCCAUGGAUAACCUCGACCCUAAUGCCAAGAUGAGAAUAGCCAUCUCUGGCCCCGUCCACAACCUUAUGACAUGGUUGACGCUGUGGCUACUCGCGUCCAGCGGCCUGACAAGCAUGUUCUGGAUCGACCGCUCAUACCAAGGCGCCGUCGUGCAAGACAUCCUCUGGACUUCUCCUUUAUCUCAGCACUUUCAACCAGACGAGGUCGUUACCCAUCUCAAUGAUAUCCCUCUGUCACAUUCUGCCUUGGUCUCGCCGACCGAGAAAUGGACUUCGUACCUUGCCUCUGAUACGGCCGAUGACACCACCCGUGGCUGGUGUGUUAAUGCUGUAUCGUUCCUCUCGCUCUCGCCCCUCCCCUGCAAUGCGUCCACCAAUGGCUGGAGAGAAGGAAGUAUUGCAUUCAUCACAAACGAGUUUGAUGACGCAGACGCAAAGAAAGAGGAGGAGAGAUGUCUCCCGCCCCACCCGAUACUAGACAUUCCCAGUAAGGGGUGCCCUUGUCCGGACCAUCGCUGGGUGUGCGUCAGGCCCAAAUCAGAGGAAAUCGUGCGGAUACGCGUGAGAGGGAGUUGGGGUAGAGAGCGGGUGGUGCUCUGGGAUGGGGAUAGGGAGGAGGUGUUGAGGCAUGUGAGGGUUGGAAAGGAGAGUGGGAGAUGGUGGACUGGGGGCGUACGAGCCGGCGCUCUCUUAUUCAAGUAUGCCCCAAUCGUUUCAUAUGUAAACGCUGCUGACGAAUGUUUCAGAUACAUCAAGACGAUCGCCUUUUCGCUGUUCAUCUUCAACCUCCUCCCCUUACCCUAUACCGACGGCUCCCAACUCCUCUCCUCUCUACUCCAGUGGCACCCUGCCCCCCGCCCCCUCACCACUCGUACAUUACAAGCAACACUCUCCAGCUCGAAACCGUUGACGGAAAAGAGCGAAAAGAUUGGGGCGGAAGCGGAAGAGUAUGAGCUGGGAAGCGAUGAGGAGGAUCAGGUGGGGUUGUCGGACGUUGCGUCUAGGCGCGUCGGGAUGGGUGCCAGAAAGAGCCCGCUUUGGAAGAGAAGACUGAGACUGGCGGUUCAGGGGUAUAUGGUUGUUGUCUGUGUGGUGUGGGUGCUGGGGUGGGGUAUGCUGCUGCUUCUGCGAAGCAGUUAA